AAGGCAAAAGGUCGAUUCAAUCGAAACACGCUACUGUUCCUGACCCCCAAUUUCGAAUGCGCUCUGUUACAUCGUCUCGUAGAAAGAUCGAAGCUCUGGGUCUCGGAAUUCUGCAGAAUGAGUUCAGAUGAGGAGCACAAUGCGCGGUGUAUCAAGUGUGGUGGGAGGACUACUAGUGACACCAACAGAAUGUUGAUUUGUUGUGAGGAUGAAUGCACAACGGCUUUACAUGAGGAGUGUAUGGCGGCGCGGGCUCAGUUGGAUGUCAUCGGUUACUUUCGGUGCCCGAAAUGUGCAGUCAAGUGGAUAAACGAGUUGCUCGUGCAGAGAGAGAAGCUGUUGGAAGAUUCCGCUGCUAAAUUGGCCAACUGGAUUUCGAGGGCAUAUGAGGACAGCAGGAUGGAGGUUGAUGAUGACCAAGGAGAGAAUAGCGGUGCAUCUGCGAGGCGGGAUUUUGAAAAUGUGGAAGGUGGAGAAAGACAGGAGGAAAGGGAGCCUAUGGUGGUGGAGCCUCUGCUGUCAGUCAGGGUUUCUGACGUACCAGAAACGUCAAAGGGUAAUGAAGGACUUGGUGAAAGAGUGGCCGAGGAGGAGAACAAUAGAACCAGGGUGUUGCCGGAAUCUUUUAGCAAAGUCUUCAUGACUGCUGGGGGGAGAAGGAGAGUAUUGUGGACCGAGGAUGAGAUAAAAGCUUUAGAGGAGGGAGUGCAAAAUAUAUGGAACCCAACCAGAAAGAACAUACCCUGGGAGAAAAUUCUUCAGGCCUACAAAGAUAGAUUUCACAGCUCACGUACGGCAGCUAAUCUCAAGGAUAAAUGGAAGUCUAUGAGCAGACCAAAAAUGUGAUACUAUCGCCGCGUUGUUUUGAGGUAUUGCAGGUAUCUGAGAUGAAGUAGCAAUCAUGAUCAGC